CUCAGGGCCGGCCCUGCCGCCAGGCAGUCGUUGCCGGCGAACUUCAAUGUUGAGAUCGCUAUGGCUGCUCCAACGAAGUUGUUGAAUCAAUCUAGCAAAAAACGAGAGGUUAAACAACCAAGAGUUGGUAGUUUUGGGGGAAAAAAGGACAAAGAGUUUCCCGGUGAAUCGCCGUAUGUUAUUACAGUGCCAGAAGAGAAGGAAUGUGAGCAGAGACGGGAGAAAACAGACACUGCAAAUCUUGCAGAUGAGCCUUCCGCCUCACUGCCGAGGUUUCGGGAAUCGAAGUGGAAUGAUAACGUUGGUUAUUUUAUUAAGAAGAUUGCUGCAUUAGAGGAUACGAGAAAACAAGUUCUGCAAGGCACACUUGAGGUGCAGAAACGAUUUCGUGGUCAUCGGGCUCGUCGUGACUUCCACGAACUCAAGAAAGGAGUAACAACACUGCAAUCAUUUAUCCGUGGUGAGAAAGCUAGGAGGGAGUAUUAUUUAUUGAUAAAGUUGAGAAUGCUGGCUGCUCGCAAGACACUAGAAGAGCAGCUGAGGGCAAUCAUCUGUUUACAAUCUGUAAUUCGUGGUUGGUUGGCAAGAAGGCAUUCUAAUUACCUGCAGAAAUUGAAAAAUUCUAUUCCUGAUAAUACAAAACAAAAGCAUGGGAGGAAAAUUUCUGAAGUCAAGGAGGUAUCGCAAGCACCUGUUCUGCCUUCAGUUUUACAAGAGCUUCAGAGGCGUGUUGCAAAGGCAGAAGCCACUCUAGGGCAAAAGGAACAGGAAAAUGCAGCAUUGAGGGAGCAACUAGAGCAAGACAAGGCAAGAUGGUCAGAAUAUGAGACAAAGAUGAAAUCCAUGGAGGCAAUGUGGCAGAAGGAGAUGAUGUCUUUGCAAGUGAAUCUGGAUGCGGUCAAGAGGAGUCUUGCUACUGACAACACUGCAAUUCAACCUGGGAGGGUAGAUGGUUCCGCUUCGCCCCACUAUUAUGAUUCCGAGGAAACCAUGUCCAUGGGAGCACAAACUACCGAUGGAAACACGCCCAUCAAGGUUUCACAUACUGGUAGAGAUGUCGGUGCUGGACGAGAGAUUAAUGGUGGUUUGAAUGCUGUUGGUCAUCUAGUGAAGGAGUUUGAGCAACGGAAGCAGGAUUUUGAUGAAGAGGCCAAAACCAUUGCUGUGGUCAAAUCAGGGCAUCCUAUUUACGAGCUUCGGAAGCUGAAACUUAGGUUUGAGACGUGAAAGAAAGAGUACAAGUCUCAUUUAACUUCAUC